CUCACCCCGGCGCUUGCUCACAAGACCAAACGGAUCGGCUUGCGUUAGCAUCCCUUCAGAAAAUGCUAUACACGAAGAUCCAUUUAGAGUCUUGAGCUCUUGGAAUGAUUCUAUCAAUCAUUGUGAGUGGCAAGGUGUUUUGUGCAGCAAAAGGCAUCCCGGGAGGGUCAUGUCCUUGAUCUUGAGAUCACAAAGCUUGGGAGGCUUCUUAUCUCCUAUCAUAGAGUAUGGCAUGGGACACCAAGUUUCUACACUUGGGGAUGCAUACAGUUAUGUCAUUCUAUUAUUGGAGAUGUUCACUGGAAAGAGACCUACUGAAGAGGCCUUUGGGCAUUGUCUUAACCUUCAUAGCUUUGUCCAAAUGGCUCUUCCUAAUCGAGUGAUGGACAUUGUAGACUCAAGGCUUUGGAGUGAAGCCAAUGAUCAACAGCAGGAGAUGAGGAUCAAAGAUUGCAUAAUUUCCAUUUUUGAAGUUGGAGUCGCAUGUUCGAUAGAAUCGCCACUGGAUCGAAUGGACAUGACUGAGGCGAUUAGGAAAUUAUACUCGAUCAAGGCAAGUUACGAAAUCAAAGAGAGGACAGGUAUGUAGCUAAGUUAAUUUUCUCGUUUCACCUUGGAAUUUUUUCACUUGCAAAGAAAAUCAUCAUGUGAAAGGCAAUGCUAGCAAAUUCACAUGAAUGUCUCCCUAACUAGGCUGCCUACCCAUACCCUUUAUGUAUAUUUUUAAUAAUUACACCCAUACUUACAUUUUAAAUUGUAGAAAGUGGAUCUAUGGAGUUGGAGUCUACCUAUUUC